AUGCAAUUCAGAGAUAGUAGCUUAAAUGAUGAGAGAAUGGGGUGUGAAGAAGAGGAAGAAGAAUGCGAACUUUAUGGGGACAUUGAGGCAUUUGCUGUUGUGUUGGAGCACAAUUAUGGGGAUUUGUCACCUAUUAGGGGUUUGGUACGUAAGAGCAAGGAUGUAGAUGAUGGAUGUAGUUAUGUGGCACCACGUAUGGAAAAUGAAAUCACAGAUGAUGAUCUUACAAUGACUCGGUUUUAUAAGUUACCGGGUGUGAUGGAUGAAAUGAUAGAUAUGGCAACUAAAACUGAGAUUAUGUUUUCAAGUAGUAAACGUGAAGAAGAAGAAGAGAAUCCAAUUGUUGUGUUUAUAUUUAAUUCAAAUGAAGGAAUAAAUCUAGAGGAUGAGAUGAACAAUGUUGGCAAUGAAGAUGAUAAUGGUAAAAGGGGAAAAAGGGACAAGAAAUCUACAAAUUUAUUUCAUUCACCUUUUACUGAACGGACUAGUGAAAUGUUGAACAAAUCGGGUGUAGGAGUCGAAACAUGCAGAAUGUUUGAUGGAUUGCUGAGAGUUUACACUAAUAAGUUUAGAGUGUUACCAAGUUUGAAAGAUGUUGGGCUGGUGAAACUAUUGUGCAGCUACUUAUCAUUACAAAAUCAUUCAAUAGUAAAAGCUUUAACUGGAGCAAAACCACAUGUGAUGAACAUUCGUUGGUGCAUAGCGAAACUGGGACCGAAUUGUGGAUUAUAUCUUAUAAGACCCAUGGAAAGUUAUAUGGGAGAAGGUGAAGGGCGAUGGGAUUCUGGUUUUACAGGAAAAGGGAAUGCAGACAAUGUUGCACUUAUGAAUUUAAGGAGCAUGUAUUUGGCUAGAAUGAUGAAAACCAAAUUCAAUGUGCAUAAAAAAUGCUAG